GGGAUUUCGCCCCUCUCGCGCGCUCCGCGGCGCGUCCCGCAGCCCUAGGCCGACUCGCCGCCGCGGCCGUCACAACCGCUUCGGGUUCUGCCCCGCGUGGGCGGCUGCCACCGCGCCUCGGGCCGGACGAUGCCCAAGAAGCUGCUGCUGCUGCCCCCACUGUCCGCGUGCUCGGCCUUCCGCGCCCCGGGAGCCCGCCCCGCCGCUGCGCCGGCCAUGAACGCCGCCCGCACCGGCUACCGCGUCUUCUCGGCCAACUCCACGGCCGCCUGCACCGAGCUGGCCAAGCGCAUCACCGAGCGUCUUGGUGCUGAGUUGGGGAAGUCUGUUGUAUAUCAGGAGACUAACGGAGAAACAAGAGUUGAAAUAAAAGAAUCUGUUCGUGGCCAAGACAUUUUCAUUAUACAGACAAUACCCAGAGAUGUGAACACAGCUGUGAUGGAGUUGCUGAUCAUGGCUUAUGCCUUGAAGACGGCCUGUGCCAGGAACAUCAUCGGCGUCAUCCCCUACUUCCCCUACAGCAAACAGAGCAAGAUGCGGAAGAGGGGGUCCAUCGUGUGCAAGCUGCUGGCAUCCAUGCUGGCCAAAGCAGGUUUAACUCACAUUAUCACUAUGGAUCUUCACCAAAAGGAAAUACAAGGCUUUUUCAGCUUUCCCGUGGACAACCUUAGAGCCUCACCUUUCCUGCUUCAGUAUAUCCAGGAAGAAAUACCAAAUUACAGAAAUGCCGUCAUUGUAGCUAAGUCUCCUGAUGCUGCAAAAAGGGCCCAGUCAUAUGCUGAGAGACUGCGUCUGGGCUUAGCUGUGAUCCAUGGAGAAGCCCAGUGCACAGAGCUGGACAUGGAUGAUGGCCGUCAUUCUCCCCCAAUGGUCAAAAAUGCUACCGUACAUCCGGGCCUGGAGUUGCCGUUGAUGAUGGCCAAAGAGAAGCCGCCAAUCACCGUAGUUGGGGAUGUUGGAGGACGCAUCGCUAUUAUAGUGGAUGACAUUAUUGAUGAUGUGGAGAGCUUUGUUGCUGCUGCAGAGAUCCUGAAAGAGAGGGGCGCUUACAAGAUCUAUGUCAUGGCCACACACGGCAUCCUGUCUGCAGAUGCCCCCCGCCUGAUUGAGGAGUCCUCCAUUGACGAGGUGGUGGUGACAAACACUGUCCCUCAUGAGGUCCAGAAGCUGCAGUGUCCCAAGAUAAAGACUGUGGAUAUCAGUUUGAUUCUUUCUGAAGCAAUUCGGAGAAUCCACAAUGGAGAGUCCAUGGCCUACCUUUUCCGAAACAUCACAGUGGAUGACUAGCUUUCAUGGUGGCCCUGGCCCUGGAACUCCCAAGGAAAACAUACCAAGCAGUGCCUGCAGCUGUGAACACAGUGUGUCCUUGCAGGGAGGACAGGACGUGGUGUGGAGUUAGCUAGUCUCUCCAAGAUCUGUGGAAAAGGGGCCUUAUGUAGUGGAGACGGAACUAGUAGAUAACAUAACACUGCCUUAAACGUGCAGUGUCAGCCCUAUUCCGUAAGUGGAUGACAGCCGCUCUCUGAGGAGUCUCCUUGAUACUGAAGAGGAGUUCAAGGCGGAUGAAGUCUUAGCUCUGUAGUGUUCCUUCAGUUGUCUCAGCUUUGGGGCGCAGUGUGACUUUGACCUUGGUCGGAAGCUGAGUCCCUGGCAUCUUCUCUCUCCAGUUCUCUCCCUAGUCAAGUUUGCAGAAGCCUUUUUUAGAGAAUCCUAUCUUUUUUUCAGAAUCUGCUGUGCCUGCUGCCCCUGAACAGUGGAGCACUGUGUCACUGCUCCUCUCCAGAUGUUAGGUUUGAGAGGAGCAGCCUGCCCCUGGGUAUCUGCGUUGCUAAGUUGCAAAUAAAAGAAUUUAUUGUCUCA